CCAAUCAGAUGAGCAGCUGCUGAUAAAUUGCCGCCCCUCAGAGAAACCGCCAUCAUGAAAUUAAAAACAAAAAACUGACAGAUGAGACGCAGUUCGCUGGCCGAUAUUCAGGAUAUAUUUGGCGGUCUAAGAAAGUGAAGCCAUGAGCGACAUGGUGGAGGAAGCGAUGGACAGCUCUGCGGUCUCGGAGGAAGAAAUGGAGGACCAGCAGGAGAUGUCACAGGAAGACAAGUCCAGUCCCAACAAAAGCAGCUACAAAAUAUCCUCUGUGGGUGAAAUUAUUGAAGGCAAGCGAGCUAAGAAGACGGUGGAAAGGCUUGAUUUCCAGGCGCCAAAGCAGAAGGAGAAACUUAAAAUUGGAGAUGGUAGCGGAGAUAAAUUAGGAGACAUUCCACGCAUCGGUUUACAAAUCGCCAAGAUGAAGCCAGCUGACCUGAAACCUUUGCACAACAUCGUGUUUGACAGACCAGGAAAGAUGGCCACAAUAAAGAAGAACCUGCGUCUGUUUAACGGCUUUUCUUUUGAUGGAGACAGUGAACAGUACGCCAAAAAGAAGGAAAAGCUUCUCAAGAAUUCAAAUUUUACCAACUCCAAACUGAAAGUGGUCUGUGGAGUUUUGGACCUGGAGAAAAAAGGAACUCACUCCGACCUGGUCGACAGGAUCAUGACUUUCCUCGUUUCACCAAAAAACAGUGGAAAGCGUCUGCCUGUGAAGAAAAAGAGGAAAUCAAAGAAGAAACUUUCUGGCAACGAUUCAAAGACCAGCACCAAAAAGAAGAGCAAACCCAAACCCCGCAGCUCAUCAUCCAGUCCCAAGAAAUCCAAAACAGGAAGCAAAUCCAAAGCCAUCGUCAUGGACUCGAGCAGCGAUGACGACGACGACGAGGAGGAUGAGAAGGCCGGAGCGUCAGCCGAGGCAGAGGGAUCUGACAACGAAGACAAAGCAUCAGAGAAAGAGGAGGAGCAGUCGGACAAGUCUGAGGAGUCUGCAGAGGAAGAGGAAGAAGAGGAGGAGGAGGAGGAAGAAGAUGAUGACGAUGAUGAUGACGAUUUUCCUAAAUCCAAGUCCAGAGGGAAGUCUGCUCCAAAGAAAUCCGCCCCGGUGAAAAGACAGCGGACGCCGGCAAAGAAGGCGGGUCCUCCUAAGAAAAGAUCCAAGAAGGAAAUUUCAGACGAGUCGGAAUCAGAGGCAGACAGCGAGGCUGAGGAGAAGCCUAAAAAGAAGAAAUCUGCUCCGGCCAAACCUGCAGCUAAAACUAAGAAAGCCGACAGCAGCAGCAACAGCAAGAACAACACAAACACAGCAGAGGACAGUUCAGACGAUGAUGAGCCGCUCAUCAAGAUGAUCAAGAAAGCUCCAACGCACGAGCAGCUGAAGGAGACAGUGCAGAAACUGCUGAAAGAGGCCAACCUGGAGGAGAUGACCAUGAAGCAGAUCUGCCAGAGGGUGUAUGACAUUUAUCCUGACCACGACCUGACGAGUAAGAAAGACUUCAUCAAACAGACUGUCAAAUCUCUCAUCACAUGAAAGCUGAAGAACAAAGACGCUGCCAGAGGUCACAGGAAGACACACCCCAUUCUGUCAUUAGUGUCAUAUCAGUUUGUUUUCUUACAGUUUUAUACAUGAUUAUUUUUUUAUGAAGGUGUGACUGUGUAUAGAUUUCACAUUAACACUCAUGCUCCAUCUCUAACAUGGAAAACAAAAACAUUUCAAACUGAAGAGUUUUCUUCUCAGAUCGGACUCUCCUCUCUCUCCUGGAUCAAAGUUUGUACAUACUGUUUCUGAUCGGAGGUCAUUUUCAUUUAAAAAGUUUGACUUUUGGACUUCAAUUUGAAUUAUUUGGUUGUUUUUCUGCCAAUCAUUGUUCUGCAGUGUAAAAUCCUCAUCAACUAAUUUACUAAUUAAAUGAAGCUUUUUGAA